UAGGCGACCCCUGUGAAAGGGUCCUUCGACCCCCAAAGGGGUCGCGACCCACAGGUUGAGAACCACUGUUGUAACUCCUGGCACUUCCAAGAGCUGCUUCUCUUCGUGAAUGUUUGUAUCUGCCCGGAGCUUCCUUCCGGCCUUUUACGAAAAGGACCCCCUCUCCUCCUGCCGGAUUGGAUGGCGCAUCCUCGAUCCUCUCCUCAGCUUCCUCUCACUCGCUCAAGUUCAGUCGGUUGUCUCUGUUGAAGUCUCGCUCGAUCCUCUUUCCUUUGGUACCAGUGCCCCCUCCCCCCGAGUUCUCCUUUCUCUGUUCAGACGGGCAAAGUUGCCGGAAAGAGUGGUGAAAUGAGUGUCAGGGCUGGGGGCCAGCGCCCCUGGCUGCCUGGGGUCAGGGCUGGUCACUUUGAGCAGCCAACGCCCCCCUGCCCCCCAAUAAUAAGGCUAAGAAGUCAACUCUGGCCACAGCAGUGGCUUCAGACCAUACUGGUGACGUGUCAUGAACAACUGCAGGGGGCCACCUUCACUGCCCUCAGCGUCCCCUGGCGUUGAUGGGGGAUCUACACACCCAGCGCUGGGUGAUGAAAUUGCUGACAGCAUUCAGGCCCUUAGAACUGUCCCCGUGCCCUUCCCUGUACAGCUGUGCAGGCCGAUGGUUUGGGGCGUCCCUGCGUCUUGGCCCUACAGGCUUUUAACACUUCGCCUGCAGGUCCCUCGGCCACCUGCAGCGCCCCUCCCCCCGGGGUGCGGUGCUGGGCCUGGCCUGCCAGCUCCCCCCGGGCAGGGGCUGUCCUGACAGGUGCGCUGGCAGAUGCCAGGCCGCGGGCUCUGCGAGCCAUUGUGGCUGUGUUUACGUGUCUGCUUUCCCCGCCCCGCUCCCACUCCUGCUCCCCGCUCCCGCUCCGCUGCCUUUCCGAGGGGCUGCCAUCGGGAACAGACGUAAAACUGCGCUGCCCGCUCAGGAAACUCAGACAGCUGGCCCUCUUUGGGAAACACUCGGAGCAGUUCUGCCCUAGAACAAUGCUGUCCUUAUGCGGUCCUUCCCCUCUCAGAGGCCAGGCCCUCUCGCCUGUCUGCGCCCUCGCUGACGUCACGCCCGUCCAUCUCCUUGCCUGCCUUCUGGGUGCAUUGUUGAGACUCACCUGUCGGGACUCGCCGGACACCUGGGGACCCACAGCUUCCCUCUGUGAUCCCGGGAGCCCUGGCCCCCCUUCGCCUCUGCCCCCUCCCCCUUUCAUGCUGGAGCAAGUGGUGAGCGCACGCUUGUCCAGCCUCAGUCCCCGGAGGAUGGGUGCCCGUGCAGCCUGCAGACAUCACUCUGGGAGCCGGGAGGUUUGGGGCUCUGCUCCUUCCUUGUUCAGGGCAGGCCAACGUGCGGAGUCAGACCCAUUUAAAAACCCCGGACGCUAUUGUAAGAAGAUAAUAAGGAAAUGCAAAGGCCCUAAUGGUUAGUGCCUGCUCCCUCUGCUCAAGGCACCUGCAGGAGACCCCUCCUCUCCAACCCCCGAGGGAGGGGCUGCAGGUACCGUGCAGAUGAGAGAACGGGGCGCCAUGGCAGAGGGGGGACGUGAAUUCGGACUCUUUGGUUCCAUUCCUCCUCCUCCUCCUCUGGCCCCACGGCCGUCUGGUACAGCAGGGGGGAUGGUAAAUGAUGUUCAGCCAGGGCAGAGGCUCACCCAGCGGUCACGUGGUGACGUGAACAGGGAUUGAUGUGGGAGUUCACAGUUGUAACAGGUGGACCUUUGGCUGCAAGGAAUGGGAAAGGCGGUGAAUGGUGAUUUGAGCACAUUGGGUUUUUGUUUUUCGCACACAGGCGGGCAGUGGCUUGUAUUUUUCUGUUGUUCCAGGAGUGCCCGCCGGGAGCCAGCUCUCCACCUUGGCUCUGUGUCCUCAGCACGAGAAGACAUGUCUCAAGCAGGACACCUCUCCAGGAGCCUCAUCUUGUGCACCUUCCUGCAGGAGCACGGGCUGCAAGCGGUGGAGGAUCCCGGCGUGACCAGCCUCCUCCAGUACUCGCCUGAGCCCCUGGGAGCCCUCCCUCACGAGGUGGCCAUGCGGCUGGCCUUCAUUGGGGACGAGUUGGAAGUGAGAUGGACGCUGCCCCGCUUUGCCCACGUGCCCUGGAUGGCCAUGUACAGCUUCGCGCACACCUACAACCAGACCGGCCUGAGGGUGGUCCUUACCAGUGUUAUGGGUGGCCUCCCUUACCUCAGGGGGAACAGAAGGUUCUGGAGCUUCCUGAUCCUCAGGGCCUGGGUGUCCCCCCCCCAGGGACGGGGGCGCAAGCUGUCCGGGCUGCUGCUGCUGGCGCUGCUGCUAGACUGGGGCCUGCACCUCCUCCAGUGACGCGCUGCUGGCCAGCGCGGGGCGGGCUGGCCCCUCCCCCCCACCACCCUGGAGGUGGUCUUGUUGGUUUUGUCUUUUUAACUGUUUUCUUAUGAUCCCUUUUUUAUAUUUAAAUUCCGAGUGCUGGGACACUCCUGAGGUUUCAUACGUGUUUUUCUGGUUUGUUUUUUGUAAGAGAAAUGAAUUAUACCUCUGGGAUCUUCAUGGCUAACUGUCCUCCUGGCCCCAGGAGCCAUCCUCUCCUGUGGGCCAUGCAGCAGGCGCUGGGGGAGUGCUGGUCACACCCUGUCUGUGAUGCCCGCAGCAGAAUCUGCUGGAGUAGAUUUUGAGGGGUGAGGAGAGUCAAUAAAAUGUUGGUUUCCAUU